AUGUUCAAGCGUAUUUCUACCGUCGUCCCCCGCUCCUUCGGCCCCGUUGUGACGCCUCGCAUCACACCCGCCCUCUCCGGUGUGCAGCAUACACAAUCCAUUUUCCGGACACAACUCCCUCAGACAAGGAGCUACCAUGAGAAAGUGCUAGACCACUACAACAACCCCCGCAAUGUCGGCGCCAUGAAGAAGGGUGAUGGUGACGUUGGCACCGGUCUCGUCGGCGCCCCCGCUUGUGGCGAUGUCAUGAAGCUCCAGAUCAAGGUUGACAAGGACUCCAACAAGAUCAGCGAUGUCAAGUUCAAGACUUUCGGUUGCGGGAGUGCCAUUGCUAGCUCGAGUUAUCUGACCGAGUUGGUCCGUGGGAUGACCCUCGAUGAGGCGGGUAAAAUUCGCAACACUGAGAUUGCCAAGGAGCUUUGCCUUCCUCCUGUGAAGUUGCAUUGCUCGAUGCUUGCCGAGGAUGCCAUCAAGUCUGCCAUCUCCGACUACUACACCAAGAACCCCAAGGCCGUCAAGACUGACCUUGGUGGUACCGGCGCCGCCAUGCCUGACAUCCAGGUUGAAGUCGAGAAGACUGACGGUGCUUCCGCUACCGCUUAA